CUAUGGGGAAGGCAGGAUUCAUAAUUAUCAGUGAGAAAAUUCAAAGAAUCCCACUGGCAGCCAGAUUGGAAUCUCCUCACUUUCGGGUUGCAAAGAAGAGGCGGAGGAAUCCUUGUUUACGGAAGGAUUGAUAUCAGUCAUGGGUUUAGACAAUGAAGCGCAAGCAGAGGAAGGGAUUCCUUCGAAAGCGUUUCGGUAUAAUUCCCCUGUUGUUCAAGUGAUCCUGAUUGGAUUUGUCUGCUUUUGCUGUCCUGGCAUGUUCAAUGCUCUCUCAGGCAUGGGAGGUGGAGGACAGGUGAACCCAGAAGCAGCCAACAAUGCAAACACUGCUCUCUACACAACAUUUGCAGUGUUUGGCAUAUUGGGUGGAGGCAUUUACAAUGUACUAGGCACUCGCCUCACCUUAUGUUUAGGCUGCUCCACCUAUGUGCUCUAUGCUGGAUCAUUUCUGUACUACAAUCACUCCCAGCACCAACUUUUUGCUAUAAUUGCAGGAGCAGUUUUGGGUAUUGGAGCAGGACUGCUUUGGGCAGGGCAGGGUGCCAUCAUGACCUCAUACCCAACAGAGGACAAGAAGGGCAGGUAUAUUUCAAUGUUUUGGAGCAUUUUCAAUCUUGGAGGUGUGAUAGGAGGUUUCAUUCCUUUCAUAUCAAAUUAUCACAGAACUGCAGGGAGUGUUAAUGAUGGAACAUACAUAGGAUUCAUGUGCUUCAUGGGUUUUGGUGCCCUUCUGACUUUAACCCUGCUUCCACCCCAUAAAGUAGUUAGGGAUGAUGGAACUAAAGUGACCAUGAUGAAGUAUUCCAAUCCCACAACUGAGUUUCUGGAAAUUCUCAAGCUGUUUUCCAAUUCGAAGAUGCUGCUGCUAUUCCCUGCUGCUUGGGCUAGUAACUUCUUUUACACCUACCAAUUCAAUCAUGUUAAUGGUGGUGACUUGUUCACAUUGAGGACUAAGGGACUCAAUAAUGUGUUUUAUUGGGCUGCACAGAUGUUGGGAUCUAUUGGAAUUGGGUAUGUCCUUGACUAUGGUUCCCAGAGCAGGAAGAAAAGAGGAUAUAUGGGUGUGGCUGUAGUUGCCUUGUUGGGAACAGUCAUCUGGGCAGGUGGGCUUGCCAAUGAGCUGAAAUACAAUGGGAAAAAGCCUAAGCUUGAUUUCAAGGACUCAGGGACCUCUUAUGCAGGUCCAUUUGUACUGUAUUUCUCCUAUGGACUUUUGGAUGCCAUAUUCCAAAAUUUGGUCUACUGGAUGAUUGGGGCUCUUAGUGAUGACUCUCAGACUCUAAGUAGAUACAGUGGAUUCUACAAAGGUGUCCAGAGUGCAGGAGCUGCUGUUGCUUGGCAGAUUGAUGCCCAUAAAACUUCUCCAGUAAAAGAGUUGGUAAUCAAUUGGUGUCUUACCACCAUCAGCUAUCCUCUUUUGCUUGUUCUUGUUGACUUGUAUGUCAAUGAUAAAUCCUCUCCUGUAGCUGAUUAUGACGGAGACAUGAAAGAUGGCAAUAGAGCAGUAAAAGAUAAAAAUGCGCAAAUGUAGUUGCAAAAUACUCUCUAGGGAAACCAGAAUAAGUAUAAUCUACUUUGAUGAAAUAAAUUGUAAUGCAAGCCUUGGUCAGGAACAGUUAUAUUGGCUCAAGGCUUUGUUUUGGUUCUGUUUUUAAAACCAGUUUCUUCCUCCUAGUUAGGCAAGCUUGCAAAUUUGUAUUCAACUUUAAAUAAAAUUGUGUUCAUUUCA